AUGGACAUUGUCUUCCCGCGAGAGGAGGCCUACCUCGAUGCCUUGGGCGGCAAGAAGGACGACGACGAUGGUGCCGCUGAGCCGGCUGAAGCUGCGGUGGUCGUCAAUCAGCCAGAGUUGGUGAUGAAGCAGCUCAAGUUCGUCAAUGUCCUGGUCACCACACCCUCGGUCAAGAAGCGAGUGUGGAUUUGGCGCAAAAUUGUCCCUGGCAUCGUGCUUCAGCAGGCGGAAUGGAGCAAAGAAGUGCUGGACAAAGUUCUGGCCGCGACUACACUCAUGCUCUAUCGCACGGUGGAUGUCUACUCUGAUCGCACAAGCCAGCUGGCUGUAGAGUCCUUCGUGAGCGCUGUCCUCUCCAGCGCCAACUCGGGACUGGUGUCCUCAUUCAUCACCGCAUUUUUGAAGAGAUUUUCGCUGGCGAUGGCCACCACCGCCACGCAGACUGCCGUCACGAGGAUGAGGCAGACGGAAAUCGUACACCUGCGGUGGAGUUGCGACGUUGUGAUUAGCAAGAGCGGCCUCGAAUUCCUAACAUCGCAGAAGAAAUUUGGAGAUUUUGCCAAGCUGCAGUUCCGCCUUAUCGAUGCGAUCGCAUCCAUCAGCCAAGUGCACGCUCGCGACGCCGCCCAGCACAAGUUCCUCACAACGCUUUCCAAGCGCCCUGAGGCCUUCCAACUCUACAUCACUGCUCUGGGCGGCGAGCCGGCGCGGUACGAAUGUGCUGCGCUCGGCCUGCUUACGCACCAUGCGAAGAAGAACCCGGAGCUGCUCAAGUCCGUCAAGGAGAAGUUCCUCAAAGCGUACGUCGCGUUGAUAUUCGGCGAUCGAACUGCGCCGCCUAGGCACAUCCACGAGGCACUGGCUCCUCUCAUCAGCACGCUCACGUCCGACGAGUUUGGAACUGCUGUACUGCCGACUGUGGACAGGUCGCUCAAGCGCAAUCCCGAGGUCGUCAUCGGCGACGUUCCGAUUCUUCUCUCACACCUCUCGCUUGAUCUCAGCCCCUUCGUCAAGGCGCUUGGUGCCAUGGCGUUCUCGCAGCUUCGCUCUAGCGAGAUCACAUACCGCGCUGGCGGUUUGGCAAUCGUGCAACAGACGGUGCGCAAGGUCAGUGAUCCUGCUGCGCUCGAGGAGCUGAUGAAGGAUCUCUCUGCUUUCGUAGCCGGUCUGACUGACUACAAGAGUCGGUUGGCUGCGGUGGAGGCCAUCGGCGCACUCGACGCCGCUUCCCUGACCCGCGAAGACAAGCUGCGCGUGGCGGUGGUUGCCAUUGAGGCCCUGCAGACUCUCCUCAAGAAGGAAGGCAUGGACGAAGUACGUGUGGCUGCUGUUAUGGCCCUGGGCCUCUGGCUCUCUUACACCUCCAAGAUCACGCCCGAGGCGAAGCAGCUCUACCUUGCUGGCUUCAAGGACGUCAAGGAUACGACCAGACAUGCAUACCUCGAGAGCUUUAUCGUGGCGUUGAAGAGCGCACGUGAGGACUGGACGCUCUCCUCGCUCAACGUGAUCUCCGACUUUGUUGAUCCCCUCAUCACACUCGCCAAGACCGCGAUGACUCAGCUGAAGAGCAGGAAGGAUCUCGUGUAUGCCUUCGCCGCGCUGUCUCUCAUCGCCUCGCUCAACGGAAGCACAGCCGAUGCCAAGUUGACCAAGGAGGGCCUGUGGAGGGCUGUCUUGGGCGAUGCUACUGGCGCCCCCGCUGCCAAGCCCGCUGCUGCCGCUGCCGCUGCCAAGGGCAAGGGUAAGGAGAAGGAGACCGAGAAGCCCGCGAAGGAGACCGAGAGCUGUUUCUUGUUCAAGCGCAAGUUCCUCAACAAGCUGGACGAGCGAGAGGGCCGAGUCCUGGCCGUGCUGUCCGAGACCCUUCUGCAGUACCACUACACCCGGGUCGUGGCCGUGAUGAGCCAGCAGAAGGAAAGGGACGAGGCGAACCGCGCGCGCGGCAAGGUCGCGUCGGCCAAGAACGUGUUCGGCCUGCUGGUCUAUCUGCUCACCUGCCCGUGGAACGCUCCCCGCAAGGAGGCGGCGCGAAUCGUGAGCAAGCACAACAGCGAGAAGGACGAGCUGUCCGAGCUGCUGGUGCGCGCGUUCUUCCAAGCGGUCAAGCCGGCGUCCGAGGACGACCUCGCCGCCAAGAAGGUGACCAUCGAAAAGGAGGAGGACGUGCCCACCACCAAGAGCGACGACGGCCAGGCCCGUUCGUCGAUCUACUUCCACGCCCUCUUGAACUGUCUCAAGGCCGACGGUCAGGACAAGGAGACCAGCCAGUCGAGGCGGGAGGCCAUCCACCGGGUGUUGCCGUUGGUCCUCGUUCUCGCGCACCACCCCUUCAUCCUUCCCUCCGUCCAGUACCAGUGCUGGGCACGCUGCUUGGCCAUCGCCGGCAUCUCCCUUAAGGACUACUCGCAAGAGGACACGAAGGCCACGAUCAACGAUCUGCUUCAUUUCCUGUUCGAGGGCCACUCAGAGCUGGGCAUCAGCGGAGUGCUGCUGAGCGCCAACAAGUACAUCAACAGCGCUGCCUACUCUGCCCUGUCCUCCCUCGCGAAGAUGGUCCCCGCCGCUCUUGGUGCUGUGGUGAGCCACGCCUCGCGCUUGAUGGCCUCGAGCGUCCCGCUCCAGCAGUUGACCAACAACCAGCUGGAGAUCUACCGCACUCCGUCCACUGAACUCUGGACCCCCAAGUCCGAGGAGUAUGUGGCGCAGGUGGUCGAGUCACAGAAUAUCAAGAAGCUCAAAGGUCAGAAGAUGUACGAUCAGGCCGACGCCGCUUGGGAGGCUGAGAUGAGGAAGAAGUUGGGCCAGGACAAGAAGGACAAGACCCCCCAACUGACGCCCGCUGAGCAAGCGGAGCGGACUGCUCACCUGGCCAGACAGGCCAGCCUGCGCGCCCGGGUCGACGCCAGAGUGCAAAGAGUGCGCGCCGCGCUCCAGGCCAUCUCCUCACUCGCCACCAACGUGCCGCACGUCGCGCAUCUCCAGCUGCCGGCCUUCCUCGUUCUCGUCCGCGCUCUGAUUCCGCACAAGCUGAACGAGCUGCAGCAGGAGGCCGAGCUGACUCUGGCCUCGCUCGCCCAGUGUGUCGGCCCUGUCCACCAGCCGCCAUUCCCCGUCUCGACCUCGUCGCCCGUUCCGCGUUUCCCCCCGGUCUCUGUCUACUCCGCCACCAGGAUCAGCUUUGUGCUGCAGAAGCUGUUCAGGGCGUCGAAGCGCAACGCCGACGGCCGUCUGGUCAUUUCGUGGGACAAGGAGCUGCUCAAGCUCAUCCCGAGCGGUAUCAACGACAUCGCCGACAUCAUUCACUCGAGGCGAGACAACGAGCAUCGCUUGUCGCCUCAGGGCUUCUGCUUUGUGCUGCCAGUGAUCGAGGCUGUGCUCAUGCCUGGCGACGACAAGGACUACUUCGGCCUCACCAUCCAGGAGGACGCGUUAUACGAUCUGGAGCUUCAUUCGCGCGCACCUGCCGGUGUGCAGCACAUCAAGCCUCCUCCUCAGCCGUUCGUCGAUGUGUUCGGAAGCAUCCUUGUCUACCUUUUGGAGAAUGCGGCGCGAUUCAAGAACAGGGCUAAGGAAGCGCUCCUUUCCCUCGCUGCCGAGCUCGACCAGGACCAGCUCCCGAGCGUGCUGGACGGUCUGCUCUCCAAGGAGAAGCACGUCCGUCAGUCCAGCCUGCAGGCCUUCCAGGUGGUUCCCGAUGUCAAGUCGGCCGCCAUCGAGCCCCUUCCCUAUGUUGUGGCUAGACUGUGGCACGCCAUGUUCGACAAGGACGAGGAGAACGCCAAGCUCGCCAAGCAGCUGUGGGAGCACACCGGGUUCCAGCUGGUCGAGAGCCAGGCGCUGUGGGCCGCCUUUUACAGCGUGCUGUCCAGCCCCGUCGAGCAGAUCAGAGUGCAGGCCGGUCGUGCCAUCUCGGCCGCCCUCGCCGAGCUUCCCUCGGCUACGGUCAGGGUCCUGCGGGAUCUCUUCGCGCUCUACACGCGCAACGUUCCCCCGCCCGUCAAGGAGGCCUCGCGCGUCCACCAGGCCGUGCUUCACGGCAAGGCGCUCGCCCACAUUUCGCCCGAGGAGGAGGAAGGUGCCGCGUUGGAAACCGAGCCGCAGAGCGAUCUGCUGACGCUGGGCUCCAAGCCGCCCAAGGGAGAGAUCGUCCACAAGCUCGAGAUCAGGAGCGGCGUUGCUCUCGCCCUCGGCGAGUGCGCCACUGUGAUGGGAGCCGAGCAUCUGCCGCUGGUGCUCGACUUCUUCAUCAAACACGCACUGACGGAUCUCGACAAGACCGUCAUCGACCACGCCACUAAGGCCGGUAUGGAGAUCAUCGCUAAGCAGGGACAGACGCACAUGGGCACCAUUCUUCCGAUCCUCGAGAACUACCUGGACCGGCCGGCUCCCUCGCAGCUGCCGGCGCACAUCUCCGAUCAGGUGCGCGAGGCGGUGGUCAUCUUCCUGGGCACCCUGGCCCGCCACUUGGCCGCCGACGAUCCCAAGGUCCGCACGGUCAUCGAUCGCCUGCUGGAGGUGCUCAAGACGCCCGCCGAGUCGGUGCAGAAGGCCGUGGGUCAGUGCCUGGGCUCCCUCAUGAAGAACAUCACCGAGGAAACCCAGAAGGAGAAGUACAUGAGCCUCCUGCUCGAGCGCCUCCUCAAGGGUUCCUCCUACGGAGACAGGCGCGGUGCUGCCUAUGGUCUUGCCGGACUGGUCAAGGGUAUCGGUAUUCCCAUCCUCAAGCAGUACGGCAUCAUGGACAAGCUGCAGGCGGCUGUGGAGAACAAGAAGAGCAUCAACACUCGCCAGGGUUCCCUCUUUGCCUUUGAGUGCCUCUCGACCAUGCUGAAGCUGUCCUUCGAGCCCUACGUGAUCCAAAUCCUGCCUAAGCUGCUGCUGUCGUUCAGCGACCAGAGCGAGCAGGUGCGCGAGGCCACGGCUGACGCCGCCAGGGCCAUCAUGGGCAACCUCUCCGGUCACGGUGUCAAGCUGGUGCUCCCCGCCCUGCUCAAGGCCCUCGAGGACCGCUCCAAGAACUGGAGGACCAAGCAGGCCGCCGUCGAGUUGCUCGGCACCAUGGCCUUCUGUAACCCUCGCCAGCUUUCCACCUGUCUGCCUACCAUCGUGCCCCGCCUCGGCGUCGUGCUCACCGACACCCACCAGAAGAUUGUCGAGGCCGCCCGCAUCGCGCUCGAGAACAUUGGCGCCGUCAUCCGUAACCCUGAGAUCCAGGCUCACGUGCCCGUCCUCAUUCAGGCCAUCUACGAUCCGGACAAGAACACCAUUGCCGCCCUUGACGCGCUGCUGAGCACCUCGUUCGUGCACGUGAUCGACGUGCCGUCGCUGGCGCUCAUCAUGCCCAUUCUGUCGCGUGCGCUCAAGGACAGGAAGACCGAGGUCAAGAAGAAGUCCGCCCAGAUCGUGGGUAACAUGUGCUCGCUGGCCGACCACAAGGACCUCAUCCCCUACCUCGAGAUCCUGAUCCCCGAGCUCCAGAACAUCUUGACCGACCCCAUCCCCGACGUUCGUACCGUGAGCGCCAAAGCUCUGGGCACCUUGGUCCAGGGUAUCGGCGAGCAGAACUUCAGCACGCUCAUCCCGUGGCUGCUGGAGACGAUGCACUCCGAUGCCGGCUCCGUGGAGCGUACCGGUGCGGCUCAGGGUCUUUCGGAGGUGAUCGCUGGCCUCGGCGUGGGCAAGUUCGAGGAGCUGCUGCCGCAGAUCAUGGACGGCACGGACGACCCGAAGUGGCACAUCCGCGAGGGCUACAUCGGCCUGUUCGUCUACCUGCCGUCGGCGCUCAAGGAGAAGUUCCCGCCAUACAUGGGCACCCUCCUGCCCGCCAUUCUCAAGGGCCUUGCCGAUGAGACCGAAUCUGUUCGUGAGAUCUCGCUCCGUGCUGGCCAGGCCUUCGUUACCCAGUACGCCGAGACGUCGAUCGACGUCAUGCUGCCUACUCUGCUCGAAGGUCUGUUCGACGACAACUGGCGCAUCAGGCAGUCGUCCACCAUGCUCGUCGGCGAUCUGCUGUUCCACUUCUUGGACAAGGACCAGAAGAAGGAGAACCAGCAGAGACUCAUCAGCGGCAGCUUGGAUGCCGAUGUCCAGGCCGAUAUCCUGUCGAGACUGUACAUGCUGCGCAGCGAUCCCAACGCCGUUGUGCGUCAGCAGGCGCUGAUGGUGUGGAAGUCCGUGGUCGAACACACCCCGGCCACCCUCAAGCGUACGCUCAGCCGCUUCCUCAUCAUCAAUCAACGACCCACUGUGACUGUGACCCACGGUGUCCUCCCGAAGAUGAUGCACAUCAUCAUUCAGUGCCUGGGCAGCUCGGUCCUCGACAAGCGUGAGGUCGGAGGCAAGACCCUGGGUGACCUCGUCAACAAGCUGGGCGACCGUAUCCUGCCCGACAUCAUUCCCAUCCUCGAAGAGGGUCUGCGGAGCCCCCUGUCCGACACUCGCCAGGGCGUGUGCCUGGGUCUUACCGAGGUCAUCGCCUCUGCCCAGAAGCACCAGAUCGCCGAGUACGUCGACCUCUCGUACCUCCACAUCAUCAUGCCUGCCGUGUCCCGCGCUCUGUACGACCCGUUGGACGAAGUCCGCGAAGCCGCUGCGCUGGCCUUUGAUAGGUUGUACAAGUCUGUCACCAGCAAGGCCAUCGACGACAUCGUGCCCGAUCUUCUCGAGCAGCUGGAGAAUCCCGACGUCGCCGACUACGCUCUCGAUGGUCUGCGUCAGAUCAUCACUCUUCGUGCCGCGGCCAUUCUGCCCUACCUCAUCCCCAAGCUCACCAAGCCGCCCAUCACUGCGUUCAGCGCGAAGGCGCUCAGCUCGGUUGCCGAAGUCGCCGGCCCCUCGCUCUACCCCCACCUCGGCAUUCUCAUUCCGUGCCUCAUCGAGGCCAUGCAGCCGCAGCCCGACGUCGCCCCCGAGGAGCUGGAGUCAGCCAAGAGCUACGGCCAGAAGAUGGUGCUGUGCGUGCGGGAGGACGGCAUGCACAUCCUCUUCGCCGAGCUGCUCAGGGCCGCGGACAACUCGUCGGCGUCGUUCCGUACGUCGGCCGUCACGCUGCUCGGCACCUACUGCGCCGAGAGCAAGGUGGACUUCAGGCCCCACGUCCCGAUGACGCUCAAGAAGCUGAUCGAGCUGCUCAACGACCCGGCCGUCGAAGUGCAAAAGGCCGCCUGGAGCGCGCUCGACAGCCUCAUGAAGGCCAUCGAGAAGAACGAACAGCCCGGCUUCGUCGCUGAUGUGCGGCUGUACCUGUCGUACGUCAGGGACGACCUGCGAAAGCAGGGCAAGACCGCGCUGCCGGGCCUCUGCCUUCCCAAGGGACUCGAUGCCAUCCUUCCCCUCUUCCUUCAGGGUCUCAUGUUCGGCAGCCCCGAGCAGAGGGAGGCGUCUGCGCUGGGUAUGGGCGACCUGAUCGAGCUGACCACGCCGCAGGCUCUCGGUCCCUUCGUCAUCAAGAUCACCGGUCCGCUCAUUCGUAUCAUCGGCGACCGCUUCCCGCCCAGGGUCAAGCUCGCCAUCCUGCGCACCCUCUCGAUGCUGCUGGACAGGGGCGGUCCGAUGCUCAAGCCUUUCCUGCCGCAGCUGCAGACGACGUUCGUUAAGGCCCUCUCCGACGCGACGUUCGAGGUGCGCGACCAGGCGGCCAUCGCGCUCGGCAAGCUGAUGGGCAUGCACACGCGCGUCGACCCGCUCGUGACGGAGCUCAUGUCCGGCAUCAACGAGGCCACCGGCGGCAUCCAGGAGGCCAUGUUGGGCGCCCUCCAGCGAGUGCUCAUCUCCGCCGGCGACAAGGUCAAGCCCGAGAUCCUCUCCAAGAUCGCGCCCACCCUGUUCGAGCUCCUGCAGUCCGAUGACGAGAACACGCGCCUGAUCGUCAGCCGCUGCCUCGCGGCCUACAGCAAGUUCUGCUCGCCCGACGAGUUCGAGCGCAUCAUCAAGACCGAGCUGUCGGUCGAGGCCGGCGACGUCAAGGCCCAGUGGAAGCUGCGCCACGCCUACACGCUCACCCUCGAGUACAUCCUGCGCUACGCCUUUGAGCGCGUCAGCUCCAACGAGGACCUGCUCCGCGUGGCCUCCAACCACGUCAUGGCCAUGCUCAAGGAUGACAAGCCCCCCGUCAAGAAGGCCGCCAUCAGCUGCGCGGAGCGCUACCUCGUGCUCCUGGGCGAGCAGCACCCGGCCUUCGCUGCUGCCGUGCAGUCGCUGCUUCCGCUGUUGGCCAAGGCCACGGCCGACCAGCAGGCCGACAUCAGGCAGGCGGCGGUCAAGGCCAUCAAGCAGUUCGCCAAGAAGUGCCCCGGCACCUCGUCCAACAACCUCGAGUUGCUCGUGCCGGCCCUCUUCAACCGCGUCAAGGACAGGACCUCGAUGCCCGUCAAGCUUGCUGCCGAGAGAGCGCUCCUGCACGUUCUUCGCAUCCACGCCGAGCCCGAGCUGCUGAUGGCGUACGCCGGCAAGCCCACGGUCAUGGGCGGCAACAAGGCCGAAGCCAAGGCCCUGGUGGACUACUGCAAGCGCAUCCUCGCCAAGCUCGCGCCCGAGAGCGAAGACGAGCGGGAAAUCUGA